CUGGUUAGGGUGGGGGGGGGAGGCGGCAACAUUGUUUCAAGUUGGACAAAUUGACAAGAGCCAGACUGAGACCGCGUUCCAUCCUGACCUGGGGGCUACGGGGCUGAGAUCUGUUUCUCCCCCCGCCCCUUCUCUUCCGCCCGCGAAAAGUCGGAGCCCUCUUUCAUUUAGGGUUUCCAGGCGCCCCCCCCCUGCUCUAGGAACCGGACAGAUUCAACUCGCUAGUGCUUCAUGGAGAACUUCCAAAAGGUGGAAAAGAUCGGAGAGGGCACGUACGGAGUUGUGUACAAAGCCAAAAACAAGUUGACUGGAGAAGUGGUGGCGCUUAAAAAAAUCCGCCUGGACACUGAGACUGAGGGUGUUCCGAGUACUGCCAUCCGAGAGAUUUCUCUGCUUAAGGAACUUAACCACCCUAAUAUUGUCAAGCUGCUGGAUGUCAUCCACACAGAAAAUAAACUGUACUUGGUGUUUGAAUUUUUGCACCAAGAUCUCAAGAAAUUCAUGGAUGCCUCGGCUCUCACGGGCAUUCCUCUUCCCCUCAUCAAGAGCUAUCUGUUCCAGCUGCUCCAAGGCCUAGCUUUCUGCCAUUCUCACCGGGUCCUGCACCGAGACCUUAAGCCCCAGAAUCUGCUUAUCAACACAGAGGGGUCCAUCAAGCUGGCAGACUUUGGACUAGCCAGAGCCUUUGGAGUACCUGUUCGUACUUAUACCCAUGAGGUGGUAACCCUGUGGUACCGAGCACCUGAAAUCCUUUUGGGCUGCAAAUACUACUCUACAGCUGUGGAUAUCUGGAGCCUGGGCUGCAUCUUUGCUGAGAUGCACCUAGUGUGUACCCAGCACCAUGCUAAGUGCUGUGGGGAACACAGAAGAAAUGGAAGACACAGUCUCUGCCCGCUGUGCUCCUAUCUAGAAGUGGCUGCAUCACAAGGAGGGGGGAUGACCGCAGUGUCUACCCCAUACCCCGUGACUCGCCGUGCCCUAUUCCCUGGAGAUUCUGAGAUUGACCAACUCUUCCGGAUCUUUCGGACUCUGGGGACCCCAGAUGAGGUGGUUUGGCCAGGAGUUACUUCUAUGCCUGAUUAUAAGCCCAGUUUCCCCAAGUGGGCCCGGCAAGAUUUUAGCAAAGUUGUGCCUCCCCUGGAUGAAGAUGGGCGGAGCUUAUUAUCGCAAAUGCUUCAUUAUGAUCCCAACAAGAGGAUUUCAGCAAAAGCAGCUCUGGCUCACCCUUUCUUCCAGGAUGUGACAAAGCCAGUACCUCACCUUCGCCUCUGAUGCCUUUCCCAAAGCCCUCAUCUCAUCUAUCCAUCUAGUGUGGGCUGCACCUGACUCAGGGCUCUGGGCUAUUUGGACUCAGGUGGGCCCCUGAUCUUUUAUGGCUGUUAUAGGCACUGCUCACCUUUCCAACUUGGGAGAUUGUGAGAUAGAAGGGAGGAACAGGUUAAAAUGAAAGGAAGUUUCAGUAUUAGAUGCACUUAACACAGCCUCUACCACCUUCUCUCACCCCUCUUAGUCAUUGCCAAGGAGGGCUGGUAUCCAAAACCAAACCAAACUGUUCUCCCCCUCCAUAUCAGGUUUGCUAUUUUCCCGUCUCUGAAUAUCCCAUAGUUAUUAUUGGCCUGUGUUUGCAAUAACAGGGACCCCAGACCUCCUGCUGCUGUUUUGUUUUUGUGUUUGUUUUUAGUAAAGGCCAACUGAUAGCAGGGGGCUAAGUUGAAACAUUUGAGAACCAAACAAAACCAAACCAUUUGAAGGGGGUCUGUUUUUAAAGAAUUAGGUUAGAAAAAAGAAUAGAUCCAAUCAGUUUUUACCCUAGUUUUAAUGUUUCACCUAGCCUAACAGGCUGAGACUCAAGACACACAUCUGAGGAGAGGGGAGAGAAAAAGAUGAUCUCUGAAGCCUCUUUGUCCCUGCUAUGGGAGUAAGGAAUUGGGGGGCCCAAGGGACAGGGAUUAUUCUUUACUCUCAUCUGUUGCUUUAGCACAGCCUUAUGAAGCAUGUGAAAAAAUGUUGGACUUUUCCUUUAGAAAUUUUAGUUCUUCAACUGCCAGGGAUCCCUAUUUCCCUUUGAAAGCCACCUCUAACUCGUAUAGAAGUGCAAGUUAAGGGUUUAGACAUCCUUUUAGGAAUACUGACACUUUUUUUAGGGCUGUGAAUGAGUAGUGCAUUGGGAAAAUAUAUUUCUUUAAAAGAAGGAUGAACAAUUAUAUUUAUAUUUCAGGUUCUAGUUUUUUUUUUUUUUUUUUUUGUCAGAGUGGCUAAAUUUGCUGCCAUGCGCACCUUGGGGGUUUUGUAAUUCAAAAUUUUUUAAGUUUUUUUUUUCUUUUUAUGAUGUUCUUUCUUCUCCCCUUUGUCCUCCAGUGUUCUGUUAACAUUAUUUGUAAUUUAGUUUGUAAUUCAUUAAAAGAAAUUGUUCUUA